CAGUUAGAAUUUUUUUUUUGAAAAAAAACCCCAUAAUGAUAUGAAGAUGUGUGAAAUACAUAUCCAUGCACCUGAAAAAUAAAUGUGCAUUUAUAUAAAUAUUACCAGAAAAAUAAUAACACAAGACUUGUUUACAUUAAUUAGGAAUUGGAACAGCUGGCAACCCACAUCAGCUGAUCCCUCAAAACAAGGCUAAGUAGAUCCAACACUUUAUAUCUUUUGCAUGUUAAAAUUUUUUGAUAAUUAUGAAACUGAAAAGAAAAAUAAUUGGUCUAAGCUUUUAUAACAUUAUAAAUCUGAAGAGAUUUAUAUAUUAAAUUGUAAAAGUUAGCAAACUAAAUUCAUAAUGGGAGUUUCUGUCUGUUCACUCCAUAAGUCCGACCAAAGUCCACAAACUGUGAGACAGUGGUGAUUGUUAUGCUCCUCAGACCCAUUGACUCACCUCAGAUAACCUGCUAUCGUUAACGGUAUACCAUGUUGUGUUAAACUCUUCUAGUGACAACCGGGAACUGGAGUUAUAAGUACAUUUACAGCGUCAAGACUCUGUUUUUUAACAAUUUGGAGAGUGGUAGUGCAACAUGUCCGUCUACUUCCUUCCUUUUGAGGUCCUUGUUAACCUCUUCAACUAUUUGGGUGUGAGUGACCUUCUGGCUGCCUCCUGUGUGUGCAGUCUAUGGAGGGAAGCUUCCAUAAUCCCAUUAGCAGAUAAGGUCACCAUCAUGAUCACAGACGAUGCAGCUCCGGCAAUGGAGACUUUCCAAGCCACGUGUGUUCCAUACCGCAACUGGGUGUUCAAGGAGGUUGACAUCAGGCUACAAGCCCAGUUUGCUGAGGUCUGGAGAAAUGUCUCAGGGAAAGUGAAGAGUUUGAAGCUGUUACAUGCAGACCUCAGUCAACAGGAAUUUAUCAGCUUGUUGAAACAGUGUAGCAGCUUGGAAGACUUGAGAUUAGAUGGUUUAGCUCAUCUUCUUAUGGCAGGUACCCUCUUGAGCAACCCUGAAGAUGUUAAAAUGCUCUCAGCCUCCCUGAAGAACGUGACUCGACUGCAUUUGGCUUGUUCCAGAUACUUGACGGAUUCUCUCUUCAGUCGUCUUACCUCAGUUGUGGGGUCACUGAGCAAGCUGUCACUGGCAGGCUGUCAGAUUACAUUUCAUGAAGCAAUUCAUAGGAGAUUUUAUCCACAAGAUGGACGAAUCACAGAGUCAGAUCAUGUUUUAACUUUCAAGCAUAUAUUAAAAUGUAUUGAGGAGAAUUCCAGUACUUUGAAGGAGUUAAGUCUCGGUAGAACAAUCAUCGAUAGUGAGGCUCUCUAUAAUCUGUCAAAAGUCCCAGGAUUACAGCUUCAGUCAUUACACUUGAUGUCCUGUGACCAGCUGUCAAAAAGUGGUAUUCAGUUACUAUGUGAAAACCAAAAGUCCAUCACAGACUUGGACCUGAGUCUUUGUUCACGCAUCACAGAUUAUGCAGUGUUGUCUGUAUGCCAACACCUCCCCAACAUAAAGAAGCUGAAUCUGCGAAGAUGUCAAGGCAUUACGGAGGUUGGUAUUAGAGCCCUUGGGCAGCUGAAGCAUCUGGAGGAGCUGAAUAUCUCACACUUGGAGGCUGUUACAUCAGAAAGUGUGGAGGAGGCUCUGGGGAAGGAGCCAAGACCAACCUUACGAGUGCUCAACCUGGCAUCUCUGCCACUUAGUUGGAAGACUGUUGCAAACAUGGCAACAUUGACACCCAACCUUAUACACCUAGAUGUCUCGAUGUGUAUUAGUGGCAUAAAUGACAAAAGCCUUCAGGCUAUAUGUAAAUCUCUGACAAAGCUCCAGAUCCUCAACAUUAAUGGGUGCACACCUGUGUCAGACAUUGGUUUAUCAGGCCACGGCCUUGGUCAAAAUGAUCCAAAUGUAGCUGAAACAGGUCUCUCACUAGAAGCCCUUGGCAUAAGGGAAAGAGAGUGGCAGUUGCAGACCCCUCACCAAGGUCUGAGCUCACCAGCUGUUGAAGAACCAGCAGUAGCACUUGAAACAGAUGUGAAAGAUGAUGCAUAUCCAUUCAAAGUGCAGCUUGGUUCGAGAGCAGAAAAAGUCCUCCGUCAAGAAGAAGAAGUAAAGAGAUAUUUGCUGAAUAACGUUGAAGAUAUUGUUAAAUCAUCUGAAUAUGGUGUAUGUAACUUGAUAGGUUUGCGUGAGCUGAAUCUUUGUGGUUGCAAAAAAAUCACAAAUGUCACAUUGGUUCAUGCUUUCAACUUCAGGGAAUUACAGUACCUCAACCUCUCACACUGUUACUCGAUAGGAGAGGCUGGUCUGGAAGCCAUGGCCCGUCAUUGUCCGAGCCUUGAAGUCUUGAUGCUGGCAGAGUGUGGUCAAACUACGGACCAGGUUAUAUUAGUCAUUGCUCACUACCUCAGACGUAUCAAGACAUUAGAUUUACAGAUGUGUGUCCAGCUGACAGAUGAUGCUCUGGACAGCCUCAGCAACUGCCACACCUUGCAAUACCUAGAUGUCAGUGGCUGUGACAGGAUGAGUCUGGAGCAGGUGCGGUUUGUCCAAGGAAAAAUACCAAGGCUUCUCAAUUUUCACCACCGUGGAGUAAGAGAGAAGGGGCCAAGUGAGAUGCAUAUGGAAGAGCUGCCUUCAAAAUUCACUGUGCAGAUUCCUCCUCCACCCCCUCUCUUCUCUAAACUCAAAAGGAAAGGAGCACGUAGAUAGAAAAUAGAAUUUGAGCGCUGUUAAACCUAAACUAAAAUCAUCUAUGAUUGUACAGUAUAGCUUAAUUUAUUUCCAGAGUUAUAUAUUCUAUGGCCAGUACAGUACUGUAAUCUAUUCUCACCUUUUUCAGUACUGCCUCUGAUUUUAUUUAUUCAUUUAUUUAUCAAUUUUUUAAGGAAAGCACUGCCUUAUUAUAUUGACAUUGAUAGAUUAGACUGAACCAACAUAUUUAAGAUUCUCAUUUAAUAAUACAGUACAGUAUACUGAUUUUUCUUUUUAUUAGAACUGAAAUUUUACCCCUUAGACUGCUCCAGACCCUAAGUUUUGUGGUAUUGUUUGAAUGGGACUGCCAUGUUUGAGCGGGAUACCCAUCUUUACACACAUCACUGGAGUAGUUGCUGUGCAGUAGAAAGGUUUCAGUUACCGCUGGAUGUCACAUGGGACGGAUGGUAUAUUUUGUUUUUGAAUAUGUGGAGUGUGGUAACAACUGUUGCAUCUCUCCCACCCAUCUUUUCACACGUGCUGCUUUCCCGCCCAUUUAAGCGCCGAUUUGAACCAUGAAACGUGGUAAAUAUGGUUAUGUUAUUUUAUGUCUUAUUGAUGAAAAUUUUAAUUGCUGUUGUUCACCUGAUUCCAAAUAAUGGUAAAAUAAAGGGUUCAAAGUGGGAAAAAAGUGCAAUAAAUGUUUCCCAGUGCUUCUCAGUGUAUUUGUUUGUGUUUAUAAGUGCUUGUAUGUAACUACAGGUAUCAGGUAUUAUUGUGAUGUGUAAAGUAAUUUCCCAGUUUUCUUUGUUGGUUUCUGUUUUUUUUUUAUUACUAAAGUCCCCUCUUAUGGCAUCCCUAAUCACUGUACAGUCCCCCAAAAAGUACAUUAUCGUUAUAUUUUCCAUCGCUACAAUUUGAAACUCUAGAUGAAUUACUUUGAUAUGAUCCCCAGUGCAUCAUCAUAAGUUGGUAUGCCUGCUGGCUAUAUUCGUAACAACAGCUAGAGAUGGGGGAGGGAGUCAUCCUUGUAUGGCACACUAGAUACUCUAAUUUAAAAAGAAAUCCAUUAAGCUGCAUUAAUGUAUGUAUCAUGCUGGGUAGAAUCAAGACAUGUGUAAACAAACCACUGACUGAUGAUUACAAUAACACUGGAAUAUUCAUUAUAUGGAAAUGCUUCAGAACAUCAUAAUUGAGAAUGGGACCUCAAUACGGACAUUUCACUAUUACGUCGUUGUACUGACGGUGUUUCGUUCACACUAAGUUUCACAAUAUGCAUGAUCAAGUUGUUCAUGAUAUGUCUUAUUUAUGAAUAGUGACUAAGCAAAUAGUACUGUACUUGAUAUUUGAGUGAACUGCUGUCUCAGUACUGUAUUACAUAUACCCUCAUUGUGAUGUACAAUGAUAGCACCCCUUACUUUUUGCGAUGUUUCCCGACAGUUCCUCACCGGCAUGGUGUUGGUAUCCAUUUACAACAUCCACUCCAAGUCAUGUAAUAUAUGCUCUGAGGCCUCAGAGGAUUCACAUCAUUCAAAAAUGUAUAUACUGUAUUGUAUACUCAUUCAUGCUCAAAGAUUGCAGAUGCAGUACAGUACAGUACUACCAUCCGUUCAGAAACAGGUUGAGUAACAUUGCUCGAAAAGCCUUGAAUCACAUCGACCCCGUGGCUAAAGAUACUCUUUUGGGAGACUGUAUAUCAAUUUGCUUAGUACCAAAAGAGUCCUGUUUUACCAGACUACAGCCUCUUUUUUUUUUUUCAGAAUUUUCCCAAGACCUAAUUUAAUUCAUUUAUACAAACAGACCUAGAAAAAUAAGAUGCAGUCUAAGGGCUAAGCUUUCCACUUCACAGUUCUUGUCCAUCAAUUUUAAUGAGGGAUAAUUUGCUUCACAUAUUCAAACCUUAAAGCUCUUGUGAUAUACUGUACCUCUAAUUUAGUAUUACCUGAUGUUAACCUUUUUUCCAUAUAAAUCCACAUUGAUUAGUCUCAGAAAUUUUAUAGAGUACCAUAGCUGAUAAUUUCAGAUAUUUUCCACCAUCAUCAUUCCAGGAAACAACAGUGCUUCACAUACUCACUAUUUAUAUAUACUGUAAAGACUAAGAAAUAAGAGCAUCAGAGAAGAAAUGUACCGAUAACUUAAAUGUAACUCAUCUUCCUAGCAAGUCAGUGGCAAGCUUCCUUGAAUAGUUUUAUACAUGGAUUUCUUCAGUAUAAACCAAAGUAUUUUAUUUUAACAACUAUAAUCACAAGAGCAGAAGAUAUGUUAAGCAUCUUUAAUGAAUUGAUGGUGAUGUUACUCAUGGUUUGGAUUCCACAGUCUCAAAAUAAGGUUUUUAAGAAAAAGUGAACAUAAUAUAAUCUGUUUGAUUCUUCAGGUCAAUAGGUGUGCUUGGAUAUUUUUCACAUGAUAUAUCUUUGGACCUUCCUGUAAUCUAUGUGGCAGCUGUUAGAUGUAUUUAGAUGCUGAUGAGCUAAAUUUUAUUGGUUGUAAUCAUCACCUGAACAUAGAUUAUGAUAUUUUUACUGUAUAAACUUUUAAGAGGUACUUCCAGAAACAAACGAAUUUUACAAUUUAACAGGUUCCUUGAAAGUUUUUAUAUUUAGGUUUUGGUUUCUUGUAAAUAUCGUUUAUUUACUAAUCUUAUCAUAGUUUUCCUGGUCAACUGAUCCUUAUCCUUGAUCAUAUUCCUUGUUGUUCUCACUUGUUUUGAAUAUGAAGCCUUAAGAUGCCUUGGCAACCUGAGAUUCAUUGUGGAAGUUUUGGCAGAUGUUGAGCAUGUGACAAGAAGAUGAGUUGUGUUAUGUGGAGCAGUGUUUUAAUGCGGAUAGAGUGGAUGUUAUGUCAAUACAGUAUUGCCCAAGGGAAGGAUAGUGUCCACAGUGUAGAUCGGCAAGAUAUGCUU